AUUUAUUAUUUUUAUUGCAAAGGCAGGUUUAGAGAGGAAAGACAAGCUCUUCCAUCCGCUGGCCCACUCCCCAAAUAGCUCCAAUAGCCCGCACUGGGACGGCCCUAAGCCAGAAGCCAGGGGCUUCUUCGGCAGCGCCCGCGUCCGGUGCACCGGGGCUGCAAGCGGGGAGCUGGGUGAGGUGCUGCAGCAGGGUAGCUUGUCGGCCCGCCGCGCCGGCCCCACGGGCACGCAGUGAGGGAAAGGUGGUCUGCGUCAUGGCAGCCAGCCGUGUGCUCGCUUCAGAGAUGAAAGCAGAGCCUGCACAGUGCUCGAAGGCGUGUGCACAGGACGCCGGCCUGGCGGCCGAGCUCCAACUCCCAGGUUAAAAGCCUCGCGGGCACCGGCCUCCGGGGCAGCGGCGAGCGCAGCCUAGAGCGGCCCGCGGGCGCUGCCGGAAGCCGGUCCGCCCCACUUCCGGCCGGCCGCCAUCUUGUCGUGAGACAGCAGGAGCCGGCGCGAUGUGGAGCGCUGCAGACAUGUCCGCGGGUCCGGGCCGAGACCGCGCCCUGGAGCCGCACGCCGGCGCGGGCCCUGUGCAGCUGCGCUUCUCGCCCUACGCUUUCAACGGAGGUACUGUCUUGGCAAUUGCUGGGGAAGAUUUUUCCAUUGUUGCCUCAGAUACUCGGUUGAGUGAAGGCUUUUCAAUUCAUACCCGGGACAGCCCAAAAUGUUAUAAAUUAACAGAUAAAACAGUCAUUGGAUGCAGUGGUUUUCAUGGAGAUUGUCUCACCUUAACCAAGAUUAUUGAAGCAAGACUAAAGAUGUAUAAGCAUUCCAACAAUAAGGCCAUGACGACAGGAGCCAUUGCUGCGAUGCUGUCUACAAUCCUGUACUCCAGGCGCUUCUUCCCAUACUAUGUGUACAAUAUCAUCGGGGGACUGGAUGAAGAAGGGAAGGGAGCUGUGUACAGCUUUGACCCAGUGGGGUCCUACCAGCGAGACUCCUUCAAGGCUGGAGGCUCUGCCAGUGCCAUGCUGCAACCCCUGCUAGACAACCAGGUUGGCUUUAAAAACAUGCAGAAUGUGGAGCAUGUCCCACUGACCUUGGACAGAGCCAUGCGGUUGGUGAAAGACGUCUUCAUCUCUGCAGCCGAGAGGGAUGUGUACACUGGGGACGCCCUCCGCAUCUGCAUUGUGACCAAGGAGGGCAUUCGGGAGGAGACUGUGCCCCUGCGCAAGGACUGACGGGGUGUUCCACAUGGUGUGUGCCUGGGCUGUUGGAGGAGUUGGUUUUAUUAAAAGGAAACCUGACCUGUG